UCUGGGCCAAUAAAAGUGGAACUGGAGAACUCUAAUACCUUGUAAAAUGUCGAUGAAGCGCUUUGGUCACUUGACGUCAGUGAAAACUAGAAUUGAUCAGCAUCGCGGGAUUGGAGUUUCGAACUUGUGGGACCUGAACUGUGAGCCUUACGUAUGAAACACUGCUGCACUAUCUCGUAUCCGUUCAGAUACGCCCACGGCAAAACAUGCACUAGAUGUCACCUGCGCACAACCACAAAGGGAACUUGGCAUCCGUGCCACACUUCAAAGCCCCUGCAGGAGCCACGCGAGAAAAAUUUAGUCUUGGGGAGAAUAGAACGAGAGAAGAGGCGCAAGUGUGUUGACGGAUAUCGAAGUGGAUAUCGCAGGACUGGAUCCUGAAUCGCACACCGUGGCAUCCCGACCCCGAGCGGAAGGAAAGCAUGCUGACCUCAAACGUGACCCCAAACAGCAGCGCUGUCGUUUUUAAACCCUUUUUGUCGCCCGCGGUGGACAAAACUAUCAAUGUGCUCAUGGUACUGGUUCUGUUCAUCACCAUGAUCUCACUGGGGUGCACCAUGGAGGUGUCCAAGAUCAAGGAACACAUCGUGAAACCGAAGGGGGUUCUGAUCGCAGUCGUGGCCCAGUAUUGUGUCAUGCCGCUCGCAGCUUUUUGCUUGGCCAAGGGCUUCCAUCUGGCCGACAUGGCGGCUGUGGUGGUCCUGAUCUGCGGGUGCUGCCCAGGGGGGACCCUCUCCAACAUCUUGGCCUUGGCUAUAAACGGGGACAUGAACCUCAGUAUCGUGAUGACGUCCUGUUCGACGCUGCUGGCUUUGGGCAUGAUGCCCCUGCUGCUCUACCUGUACUGCCAGGGCUUUGGCGACCUGCCGAACGCCGUGCCUUACGUCGACAUCACCGUGUCGCUCGCCAUGAUCCUCGUGCCCUGCGGCGUCGGGAUAUUCAUCAACCACUACAGGCCGCGCUACUCCAAGAUGAUCACCAAGGUCGGUCUGACCGUCAUGUCGAUUUCCUCCGUGGCGAUCGCUGUCGUGGCCGCCGUGGCGAUCCGCGGCGCUGUGCUGGCAGUGAUGUCGCCUCCCCUCCUUGCCACUGGUGCCGUCAUGCCCUUUGUUGGCUUCGCCUUCGGCUACGUCAUCUCGGCCGUCUUCGGACUCAGCCAAGCGGAGCGGAGGACUGUCGCUAUGGAAACGGGCUGCCAGAACAUUCAGUUGUGCUCCACCAUCCUGAAGCUGGCCUUUCCACCGGAUGUGAUCGGCCCGCUGUUCCUCUUCCCGAUGGUCUACAUAACCUUCCAGUUGCUGGAGGCCACGGCGCUGAUUGUGACCUACAGGUGCCACCGGAGGCUCACCAGAAAUCAGAAAGAUGUGUACCAGCCUGCCACGACUGAUGACAGACUCAAAGUACUUUCCGAAGGGACUGUAGGACCCGUCGCCCGCAAUAUUCCUCUAUAACAAACUUCUGUAUGGACUGGAAAUCAAAUCUUUUCAAGCCCGCGGGACUUAGGUUGUAUUUGAAGCAAUGUUUUAAUUCUGCGGAGUUUACACUUUUGCAGUAAUUUUCCAUUACCGUAAUUCCCGGCCUACAAAGCGCACCUGGUGACAAGCCUCACCGAGUACAUUUGUAAAGGAAAUACCAUUUGGUACAUACAUACACCGCAGCUGUGUAAAUGUUGCAAGUGCCCACAUUGAAACACGAGAUAUUUAUGAAGAAAGACGGUACACAGAAAGAGUUUAACGCUAAGCGCUAGCAGGGCUGGUAAAAGUCACUACCUCGGUACAUAUAUUCCACCGGUCUCAUUCUUACCUUUUCCGCUUGAGUGCCCCCUUGUGGCCGUUCGAGAAAAUGCACAAAUUAGUCACAUCACCGCAUAAACCACAGGGUCGAAACCGUGUGAAAAAAGAUCGUCGGCUGGAAAUUAGGGUACAUACUGAAAUGACUUCAGUGCAGGCAGUGCAUUCCAUUUACCCUCAGGGACUGAUAAUGUGGUUGUGAACAUUCACUUGGUACUAUAAUGCCCCAUGAUUGACUCCCACAGUAAAAUAAGUGGAUGGACAUUCAGAAAGUAACAAAGGGAGUGUGUGUAACAUUCUUAAAACCACUUUAAUAGGAAUGCCCCAAAUACAUCUGACCAACAAAAACCUCUAUGUACAAAAGCCUGUAUUGUUCCAAACCACAUUAACAUCACUCACAGUGUCAAAUUAGAUACUACAUACACACGCAAACAAAAAAAAAAUCACCUACAUAAUUAAAGAAAAAAAUUGCAUUAAGAAAUGACAAUCUAAGCGACCUACUGCGCUGUAGAUUUUUUUCAUAUCUACCUCACAGGUUUCAAAUCAUCAAACCAAUUUUAAUAUUAGACAACCCAGUUUUCCAAUGACAAUUCACUAAGGCACCCAAAAAAAACAACAACCUUUCAAACCCUCAGAAAUAAAGUUUUUUUUUUUUUGGGGGGGGGGUGAAGGGAGAGAGAGAGAGAGAGAGAGAGAGAGAGA